AUGAAUUUAGCUGCGGUUUUUUUCGUGUCGUUGUUUGUCUUCGUCCAGUGUGACGAUGACAAUAUUACCUACGCUGACGUUGUCAAACCUUGCAAAGAAAAGUCAGGAAUUACUGACGAAAUCCUGGUUAACGCUUCUAAAGGGAAUUACGACAACCCAAAACUAGAAACAUUCUUACUGUGUAGUCACAAAGCUCUUGGGUUUCAAAAUGAAGCAGGACAGAUACAAAUUGAUGCUGUGGAAAGAGUGCUAAAGAAGUCGGCUUUUCCUGUAACGCAGGUACAGAAAGUUGUACAACAAUGCAACUCCAACAAGGCUACUCCAGGCGAAACGGCAAUAGAGUUUUCAAAAUGUAGUAAAGCUAUCUUGCAUCCAAAACCACAAUAA